GCGGGGCGCUCGGGCCGGGGGCCGCCGGCGCCAUGGGCAACCGGGGGAUGGAGGAGCUGAUCCCGCUGGUCAACAAGCUGCAGGACGCCUUCAGCUCCAUCGGCCAGAGCUGCCACCUGGACCUGCCGCAGAUCGCCGUGGUGGGCGGCCAGAGCGCCGGCAAGAGCUCGGUGCUCGAGAACUUCGUGGGCCGGGACUUCCUUCCCCGAGGUUCAGGAAUCGUCACCCGGCGGCCUCUCAUCCUGCAGCUCAUCUACUCAAAAACAGAAUAUGCCGAGUUUUUGCACUGCAAGUCCAAAAAGUUUACAGACUUUGAUGAAGUCCGACAGGAGAUCGAAGCGGAGACCGACAGGGUCACGGGGACCAACAAAGGCAUCUCCCCGGUGCCCAUCAACCUGCGGGUCUACUCGCCACAUGUGUUGAACCUGACCCUCAUCGACCUCCCGGGCAUCACCAAGGUGCCUGUGGGGGACCAGCCCCCAGACAUCGAGUACCAGAUCAAGGACAUGAUCCUGCAGUUCAUCAGCCGGGAGAGCAGCCUCAUCCUCGCCGUCACCCCUGCCAACAUGGACCUGGCCAACUCGGACGCCCUCAAGCUGGCCAAGGAGGUCGACCCCCAAGGCCUGCGGACCAUCGGCGUCAUCACCAAGCUGGACCUGAUGGAUGAGGGCACCGAUGCCAGGGACAUCCUGGAAAACAAGCUGCUCCCCUUGAGGAGAGGCUACAUUGGCGUGGUGAACCGCAGCCAGAAGGACAUUGAGGGCAAGAAGGACAUCCGUGCGGCGCUGGCGGCCGAGAGGAAGUUCUUCCUCUCCCACCCGGCCUACCGGCACAUGGCUGACCGCAUGGGCACCCCACACCUGCAGAAGACCCUGAAUCAGCAACUGACCAACCACAUCCGGGAGUCGCUGCCGACACUGCGCAGCAAGCUGCAGAGCCAGCUGCUGUCCCUGGAGAAGGAGGUGGACGAGCACAAGAACUUCCGGCCCGACGACCCCACGCGCAAAACCAAAGCCCUGCUGCAGAUGGUCCAGCAGUUCGGGGUGGACUUUGAAAAGAGGAUCGAGGGCUCCGGAGACCAAGUGGACACGCUAGAGCUCUCCGGGGGCGCCCGAAUCAAUCGCAUCUUCCACGAGCGCUUUCCCUUCGAGCUGGUGAAGAUGGAGUUCGACGAGAAGGACUUAAGACGGGAGAUCAGCUACGCCAUUAAGAACAUCCACGGAGUCAGGACGGGGCUUUUCACUCCCGACAUGGCCUUUGAAGCCAUUGUGAAAAAACAGAUCGUAAAACUGAAAGAGCCGAGUUUGAAGUGUGUUGACCUCGUGGUCUCAGAACUGGCCACAGUCAUUAAAAAGUGUGCCGAGAAGCUCAGCUCCUACCCUCGGCUGCGAGAGGAGACGGAGCGAAUUGUCACCACUUACAUCCGGGAACGGGAGGGGCGAACCAAGGACCAGAUCCUUCUCCUGAUCGACAUCGAGCAGUCCUAUAUCAACACGAACCACGAGGACUUCAUUGGAUUUGCAAACGCCCAGCAGAGGAACACGCAGCUGAACAAGAAGAGAGCCAUCCCCAAUCAGGGGGAGAUCUUGGUGAUCCGCAGGGGCUGGCUGACCAUCAACAACAUCAGCCUGAUGAAGGGCGGCUCCAAGGAGUACUGGUUCGUGCUGACGGCCGAGUCCCUGUCCUGGUACAAGGACGAGGAGGAGAAAGAGAAGAAGUACAUGCUGCCUCUGGACAACCUCAAGAUCCGCGACGUGGAGAAGGGCUUCAUGUCCAACAAGCACGUCUUCGCCAUCUUCAACACGGAGCAGAGGAACGUCUACAAGGACCUGCGGCAGAUUGAGCUGGCCUGCGACUCCCAGGAGGACGUGGACAGCUGGAAGGCCUCGUUCCUCCGAGCCGGGGUCUACCCCGAGAAGGACCAGGCUGAAAAUGAGGACGGAGCCCAGGAGAACACCUUCUCCAUGGACCCACAGCUGGAGCGGCAGGUGGAGACCAUCCGCAACCUGGUGGACUCGUACGUGGCCAUCAUCAACAAGUCCAUCCGCGACCUCAUGCCAAAGACCAUCAUGCACCUCAUGAUCAACAACACAAAGGCCUUCAUCCACCACGAGCUGCUGGCCUACCUGUACUCGUCGUCAGACCAGAGCAGCCUCAUGGAGGAGUCGGCCGACCAGGCUCAGCGGCGGGACGACAUGCUGCGCAUGUACCACGCGCUCAAGGAGGCACUCAGCAUCAUCGGGGACAUUAGCACCAGCACCGUGUCCACGCCCGUGCCCCCACCCGUCGACGACACCUGGAUCCAGAGCACCAGCGGCCACAGCCCCACUCCACAGCGCAGACCAGUGUCCAGCGUGCACCCCCCGGGCCGGCCCCCAGCAGUGAGGGGCCCCACCCCGGGGCCCCCCCUGAUUCCUGUGCCCGUGGGCGCAGCAGCCUCCUUCUCAGCGCCCCCGAUCCCGUCCCGGCCCGGCCCCCAGAGCGUGUUUGCCAACAACGACCCUUUCUCGGCCCCGCCUCAGAUCCCGUCUCGGCCAGCUCGGAUUCCCCCUGGCAUCCCCCCGGGAGUGCCCAGCAGAAGACCCCCUGCUGCGCCCAGCCGGCCCACCAUUAUCCGCCCGGCCGAGCCGUCCCUGCUUGACUAGGCUGCGGGGGGCGUGUUCUCGGGGGGGCCUCGAGCACCCUCGGUGUAGGAGCUUCGGUGGUCUGGGCCCCUCCGCCUCCUCGGGCCCUCCCGUCCCCGUGCCGGGACCAGGCUCCCUGCGGGCCGGCCCUGGCUCUUCCCUGCCCCCGGCCCCAGCUGGACACAGGGGCCCUGGAGCCCCGGGGCAGGGGAGCCCUGGUGUUGCACUUUGGGGCAUGAGGUCUCGGGUCGCAGAGGAGGAAACCUCACCCCGAGUGCCACCCUGAAUAAGGAUCCAGGCUGGGGUGGGGGGACGCGCCCAGAGGCUUCUCUGGCUGGGAAAGCCUGAGUAGACCAGGCCUUCUGGAAACCGGGCACCAGGGGCGCCUGUGCCCCCCAGCCCUUGCUGGGGCGCGAGGAGCGUGUCCGCUUCUCUGCGCGGGAGCUGUGCGCCCUGCCCGAGUUGUACAUAUUCCUUCCUUGGCCGAUUAAUCGCGCGGCCCAGCCUCGGCUGCCAGAGGUGCCUUCGCCAGAGCCAGACCCCUCGGCCCUGGCCAUCUUCGCUCUCUCCUCCCUUGGCCCCUUCUCCUCAUGGUCCCCUGGGCGUCUUGGGCUCGGGGCCGAGUGGUGGGGAACUUUGGGGGCCUCUCGGCUCCCCCACAGGCCUCCCCAACGGGGUGGGCCCCGGGCGGCCUGUCUGAGCAGAACUUCUCGCUCGCUCCUCGCUCGGUCUGACCACUGUAAGUGCCUGCAGUCUGUAUCCUAUUAAUAAACUAAAAUAAAGGGAAGAAGCUUC